UUCAUCUUUAUUUAUUUUGAACUAAAUCUGUGAUUUACCACCGUGUAUGUGCGUCUGACGUCUCCAUGGCAACUACUCAAGCACGACGCUCGUGAGACUGACGCAAGCGCUGAUGCGUUGAAGCAAAAGUUUGAAACUUAUGAACAACUGAAGUACUUUCCGUGUUUUCUUAAAGUGUAAGAGUGGGAUACACUGGCCGACUGCAGUUGAGAAGAGAUCACGGUUUGAUCUUAAAGAUGUCAGAAGUUUAUCAGUUCGCUUCUUCUCUGGAGCAGAUGGAGGCUGAACUGUCCUCACAGCUUCAUGAUCUCAGGACUGAGAUUGAACACAAUGAGAUUUGGCAGAAAACAUCCUCCAAACCAUAUAGUUCUCUCUAUGUUCCAAAAGAUGCAUCUUACUUUCGUUUAGAGAGGCAUCAGGUUCUCAAUAAAGCACUGCAGGUUUCAUCUAUAAAGCCGGUUGUGUCACAGGCUGAAAUAACUCACCUUGAGAUGGAAAGCUGUCUGAAUCUAGAGUACACACCUGAAAGUUUACCCUUACUCCUACAUCAGUUUUUUACAGAUCAAACUUAUAAACUGGCACAGUGCAAAUAUCAGCUGAUGCUCAGAUGGAGAAGAUUUGGACGUCAUUCCUCUGUCCUUGAGAAACUGUUUCCUCAUUAUAAGAAACAGACGAUGCUCUUGAACAGUGAGUUUGAGGAUUGUGUGCAGCGGGCACGUCGACUGGCCGUGUCCAGAGAGAAGAUCCUGACAGGUGCUGAGAGCCCCAUCAGCGCGGUCACACAGGAUGAUGUCAUCAUUUACCUGCAGUGGCUUAUUUGUCAUCUUCACUCUGUGAAAACAAUCCACAGCUUUCUGAAUGUGCUUCAUUAUCUUCCUUCAACCGAAUGGAAUGAGAAACAGGCGUCUAGUGUUGUAGAUUUCACGACAUCUGCCUGUUUUUCUGCAGUGUUUGUAUCAGUGUCCUCUGUCCCUGUGAACUCCAUCAAAAUAGAGGAUUUUAAAGCCCAGCUACAGUUUCUUCUCUCACAUUAUAACAUCCCGUAUAAUACAGACAUCAUCAAGACAUCAGCAGAUGAACUGGAGCUCUACAGUAUGGUUAUCCACAUGUUCAGGACGGUGUUUAAAACUCAGGAAGAGAUGAAGACCUUCCUGCAGUACGACAGCACCGAAGCUACAGACAGAAAAUGGGGGACGAAGAGCCCGAACGCUGCUCUCAGAAAAGAGUCAAACUGGAUUCCACACAUACAUCUGAAACCCAAGCGAGACCCCUGGCAACAGAAGCAAAUGGUCAAACUCAAGGAGCUCAGAUCGAUGGAUGAACUACUUCAGAUGCACAGCAAGUUCCUCGAGGAGUCUGAUCUACAUAAAGUGACGGAUGUGUUGAAGCAAUACAGCGCUUCUGUUUAUCAAGCAGACGACAGAAAACCUUCAGAGACGCCGAGAGAAACAUCUGAUAUGUGGAAAAGGAUUUAUAACACAACAAACAUGUCACAGGUGGACCGUGAAAAGACUUUGAUAAAGAAUAAAGGUGAGAUUUUUCUUGAAGACAAGGAUGAGCCUGUACCGGUCGGAGGAGCAUUUGUUUCUUUAGUCCAUCUGCGACAUCUCCGGAUCCGAGAACUGAAGCGUGUCUGUCUGAGCAUGCUGAACUACCUGCGGUCAGUGGAGAGGACUUUGGUGAUGGACACGGCAGGUCUGAAGCUGCUCGAAGGAGACUUGGUGAGGAACACGGAGGAGACGGGCUGGAUGACGGCUGCUGGAGGAGGCGAUGGAGGUCCUGCGUCGCAUCAUCACAUCUACGACACUCCUGUUGACCACAAGGUUCACUGUGCUGAGGUCAUGGAGUUUCCAGAGGUGGAGAAUCUUCAUGACUAUUACAGCACACAUGGGCAUUUCAUCCACACGCAGGACCAGCGAGGUCUAUUCAUCAUCUAUGGCGCAGCGCUGGACGACCUGGAGGAGCUGGAGAACAGUGUGUUGCUCACGGCGUCUCGAUUCAUUCAGACGAGCAGAGAUUCAAAUGCAUGUAAUGGAGGAGAACUUUACUCUUACGCUGGAAUGGAUGUCGAUCGAGUAGCCGUGCUUUUGGACAUCUGGACGUGUGAAACUGAAUUUCUGGAGCACAAAAUACAACUCUUGAAUUGCUACUUGGAAGCCUACAGACAUGUUAUCGAUCCAGAGGAACGCUUGGGUUUGGCCCAGGUCAUCACAAACAUCACUCACAGAAGACCUCAGAUAGAUUUCACCGCUGGAUACUUUGUUCAAGCUUACAGAGAUACCAUAGUCUGUCUGCAAGGCCACAAAGAACUGAUCAGACACGUGCUAAACAAUCAGAUUGAUACGCAAAGACAGUAUCUGGAGAGGAUAUGGAGAGAAAGGCCGAAUGGUUUUGCUUGUGACUAUGGCCUGCCACCGAACUACAUCCCCAAACAUUUGGUAUCGGUCGGUGGAUGCUGGCCUGUUUUGAAGAGUGUGUAUUUACUGGAGGUUCACCCCUCCCUGUGUUUGGCAUCUCGGCUGUACGAGAGUCUUGAACACGCGUGUGCUGAACUGUGUGAGAUGUACAGAGCUCAGACGCCGUCUCAGAAAUCUAACCUUGAGAAAAAGCUCCUGAAAUUGGCUUUGCAUCAUUGGCACAUUUUGGGCACUCCAGGUGUCACCAACAGUCCUCAAAUCCAGAGAGAUCUGUUCUCAGAUGUCUUUAUUGAGGAUCCUGUGAUGGUCCGAGAGCUCGGCCUCAGCGCUGUGAGAUCUGCUGAAGAACACCAGAGGACACCAGGCAAAGAGAAACAGCUCUUCAUGGUGAAAACAUUCUGCACUUUGCUGGAACUGGUGACGGUCCGUCAGCGCAUCAUUGAGUCGGCAGCUGAGACUGAGCUUGUGUCCCGCUUAUAUAAAUGUCUAGCCGCAGCGAUGGGCUUUGAUGAAUAUCACUUGUAUAUGCGGCCGGUGCAGUUUGAGUUCGCCAAGAGAAAAGAGAUUCUCAAACAGCCUCCUGUCUUCAUCACUGCUCUUCAACAGGACAAUCAGAAUGUGGACAGGUUUGUACCAACCAACCUGCCAUUAGCUGUUCAGGAACUUGAUGAAAACCACAUCGGCAAAUUUAGUUUUCAAUCUCAUGAUGGAGUUUUACAGCUGAUGAAUCAGUCCAGUUUGGAGAACCUGCAGGUUGUUCUGGUUUGUCAGGUGGUACAUAAGAACGCUCUGAUUGGAGCAAUUAAACAGGCAUCCGUGUGCUACUGGGCUGAGAAGUUUGAUCCGUCUUCACAGUUUACAGUCCAGAUAACACAACAUGAAAGAUCUACAGCCUCUGAAGAGCAAAGACAGGACUUAACUAUUAGAAAACGGCUCGCUGGAGCUUUUGUGUCUGUUCAGCUGGAGAAAGCGGCUUUCAGAGAUGAAAUGCUGAAUGUAUUUCUAAAGAAGAAAGAACAGACAGGCACACUGAAGUUAAACUCUGAAGAAGUGGUCAAGAUGAAGAGAAAACUGAUCAUUGAGUUCUGUCACAAGUUUAAUAAACACGUGUCACAGAGUUUUGUCCGAGGUCAGAUCGUGGCUCUAUGUCACAGUCUCACGUCAACACUCGCCGAGGUGCCGCACAUCCGUGAGAAACACUUUGUGAUUGGACAGCGAAAUGAAAUCAGAGCAGAUCAGCAGUCAGAGGAGAACAUGAGUCCAGAUCCAAGGACAUUUGAACCUCGACCCAAGAGACUUUUAUCAUCUGAUGGAGACACUCUGAUAAACCUGUGGUUCAUCCCUCACCACACUGAAAUACUGCUGAUGUUCAGAGAUCUGGAGGAGAAGGAAUGUCACAAAGCUCUUCAGAACGCACUUCAGAUCAUCUCAGCGCUUCAUGACAUCGUCUGUUAUCUGGUGAGCUUUGCCCGACUGGGAAAUCCAGACACGUCAUUCAAAUCCAGCAGCCCUCAGAGACUCACAGCCGACUGGGGAGGUGUAGAAGGCAUCGGGGCUGAGCUGUGGGAUAUACAGCGACAGAUUGACUCCCUCUGUGAACCCAGACGUUCAGAGGCUGUCGGCCGACUCCUGCAGUUACACAGAGAAGUUCUCUUCAUGUGCUUUCAGACCGCAGUGAGAUACAUGAUCAGGGAAGCGUUUCUGUCCUCCGGCAACAUCUCAGCCUAUCAGAGUGUGAGUGAGAACAUGAGCCACGCCCUCCCCAUCAUGAGUGACAGUGUGCGGGGAGGAGCCAGCCCUGUUCCUGAGCCUCUUGAUCCAGUCUGUCUACAAGCCCAAAAACUGUAUCCAUGGAGAUGGUUCCUGGCAUGCUACGGAUCACACCCUUUGGUGGUAUGGGACGUCUCACCGAUCGAGUAUUACAUGCAGCUCUGUCUGUGUGAUCUGAACGCCCGCUGUAGAAUGGAGGCCAAUGGGGCGAUUCUGGGCGUAUCUCUGGUCAUUGAUGAUGUUGUGAGUAGCGGGAGAUCCGCCGCCCCGCUUCAGCUUCAGAGAGCAGGAGACGAUGGAGAAGACAAGAUGGAAAUCGAAGAAAGAACAACCAUGACUGGAGAUCCUAUCCGAUCACUUGUGAACCAGCGAGGAUUUUUACUCCUCUGGAAACAAAUGGAAGUUUUUAAAGAGAGCUGGACUCAACGACAGUUAACUUCAGAGAGAAGCACCAGCCCUGCGCUUCAUAAACACAUCUCACAACUUUACAGGGCGGAGAUUUACUUUCCCAGCAUGCACGCUCUGGCACAGCGUAUGGAGAAAGAGAAGGAAUAUGAGAUGAUUCUGUCUCUCAAUCAGUCCGUUCAGCCGCCGCCAGGAGCGACAGAGGUGGACAUUAAAACAUGGCAGCUAUUGCGACUCUUGGAGGUCACGGAGUGCGACAUGAUCCGAGCGCUUCAGAGGAGGAUUAACACCCAAACGACUCUGGUGAUGUCAGAGCGCAGCCGGCAUGACACGAUGCUCCCCACAGAACUGUGGAAAAAGGCGUCCAUGGAGCACAGCUUCUCUCUGGAGAGACCUCAAAUAGUGGAGAACUUUAUGCAGCAGUUAAUGAACGGUGAUGAAGAAGAGACUGACGGACAGGUGAUGUUCUCUAAAGCUCAUCUUCAGGGAUGUCUGAAUGAUCUUGCGUCUGCUGUAAUGAAUCGCGAGCGAAGCAUCUUUCUGCGUUACUCUCAGUUCUACGAGCAGAUCCUUCACCAGCAGGCACAUCUGCUCUACCAGAGAGAACAGGAUGUUAAAGAGCUUGAAGCCAAAGAACGUCAAUCCACUGACCCUUACAGAAAGGUGGCGGAGGUGUGCCGAGAGAAGAUGGUGGAGAUCACAGCUUUACGUGCCAGAGUUACUCAACUGGAGGAGGAGAAGAGAAGCUCAGAUCAACAGCUCAGCCUGAAACACAGACAGAGAUAUGACUCGCUGGUCCGUCAGCUCUUCUGCACAUCUAUUCUGUUGAAGUCACGUCUUGACCAGUAUCAUGUGAACAUGGAGCAAGAUGUGAGACAGCUGGUGAGCGGCGUGAGGACGGAAGCUGUGGAGAGAAUCAUCAGAAUGAAAAAUAAACUGUCCUUCACUACAGACGAUGAGACCUACAGACAAACACUAGAUGAGAAAGAGGCAUUAGAAGGUGUUCAUGUGGAGAACGGUAAGCUGACAGGACUCUUGUGUAAACUGAAAGCCUUCGGUCACUGGAGGAUGGUCACUGGUCAAGACAAGCUGCAGAAAGAAGUGCUUCAAUUGAAACAGAACCAGGUGUCCUGUCAAAAAGAAGCUCUUAAAUCAAAGAUGAUAUCUGAAGAGAAGGUGAACGUUCUGAAACAAGAGCUUGAUGCCGUGCAGGAGAUGAUGGUGCAGUGCAAGAGUGACAACGAACGCACCAAGAGAAAGAUCCUUCAACAGACUCGGAAGCUGGAGGAUGUUGAACACCGUUGGGUACGAGACGCACAGAGCCGUCAGGAGCUGGAGAACCUGCGAGGGCAGAGUCUGGAGCAGCUUCAGGAGGACGUGUUGGACAGAGACGGUCGAGUCAGAGCUCUGAGCGCACAGCUGGAGAGAAAUCACAGAGAGACGGAACUGCAACAACAACACAACCACAAGAGAAUCAAACACGUGAGGACUCAACUUUAUCAGGAACGCACCCUGAAACGUGAAGCUUUUCAUCAAGUGGACAAACUACACAGUCAGAUCCACAGUUUUGAGGCGACUGUUCCCUCAGGACGACGAAGCUCCUCAAGAAUACUGUAUUUAAGAAACACAUCCGCCGGUUUGCUGAGGAAUAACUCUGUAACACCUUUCACAAACACUAGUUUUAUAAGUAGAGAUUAUACGACAGAUGAGUUCAGUACUGACACUGGUUUCAGGGAGUCUCGGACAUCACUGGAAAGACCGAAAACAAACACCAGUCGUCUACGACGUCAAGACAUUUCAGAGGCACCGUUACCAAGUCUAUCAGAUGGAAUCUCUUCACCAAAUCACACAUCGUAUCAGAAUUUUAGAUUUGGUCACAAAUAAAUCACCUGAAACAUGUAUUAGACGUGUAUUUAGAUUACCGUUCAAAGGUUUGGGUACACUUGACAAAAUUAUAAUCGUGAAAACUUGACUGAUUUAAUUGGACACCAAAAAUGUUAUAAGAAAACAUUUUUGAAAUGGAUUAUUUGAACAAAAUAACCAGUAAAAAGCAGCUUUUGAUGGAAAUUCCUUCAAAACCGUUUAAAAAGUAUGUCAGGAUGAUAAAAUGACAGUUCUGCUAGUUAAAGGCAAAUGAUCACUACUUUAAAGAAAGUAAAAUAUAACUUUUGAGUUGAUUUAAUUUUCUUUAGUCACAAUAUAAUUCUCAUUAUUUCACGGCAUGAUGGAAUGCUUGAUUCUGAUUGGCCAGUGGCGACAUUUGCAGGUUGGCUAUUCCCAGAUAACAUCCUCUCAAAACCAAUAACACAAGGUAACCCAGAUGCAGCAAAUCAUUUUGACCGUUUUUUUAAACAAAUUAAAUGAAAAACCAACUUUUAAUAACAUAUAUAACAUUGUAUUUACAAAUGAUUUAACCAAAUUGCCUGUUUGUCACAUUUGAACAUUGUUUCUUACCUUAACAAUGAAACUAAACGGCUUUUCCUCACUGAAGGUCUGCAUUCUGUAAAAAUGAGCUAAUCAAAUAUUUCUAAUUCACAUUUCAUGUCCAGUUUUUUUCUCAUGUGGCACAAAGCCUUUGUUAAGCGAGUUAAUGUACAAGCAGCCAGUUGUUACGCCAAAUAAGCCCAGUGGCAAUCGGCUGUCUGUACAUUAUCCCUUACAUAACACAUUGUUUUGAUGAUUUUUUAAUCAACUAAAAAAUAUUCACAAGUAAUGAAUAAGUGAUCCUAAACUUUUGAAAGGUAGUGUUGUCAUGUUAACACACCCAUAGUCACUUAAUAAUUGAUUUGUG